AUGACGCCGGCAACAGAAGUAUGCGAGGUCGAAGAGGCCAUAAGAGGCGUAAUAGGAAUGGAAUCAAGGUUCAGUCUGAGCGCACUAAGACCAUAUGCAGGAUGCAUGCGAGCAAUCACAGUGGUAGCAAACAAAGAAGAUGCAGAACUGCUCAUAAGAAAGAAAAAAAUAAGGAUAGGAUUGACAAUGUGCCUGAUGGAAGAAAGGGCAGAAAUAAAGAAAUGUAAGAGAUGUUGGUCACCGACGCACUUGGCCAAGGAGUGCACAAAGGAGGAUAGAAGAUCUUGGUGCUAUAAAUGCGGGGAACCUGGGCACCUAACAGGCGAAUGUAAGAACGAUCCGAAAUGUCCUGAUUGCCAAACCAGCGGGCACAGAGCGAGCACGGGGACGUGCCCAAUCUAUAGAGAGAAGAUCAAAAAAAUGAAAAUGAAGAGAGCAGAAGGAAAGAACGACAGACCAGAAAUCGCAGAACACAAACAGGUAAAAGACACAAUAAAGGAAACUGAGAACAUACAGGAAAGCACGAUGGUAGAAGAAGAUAAAGACCAGGAAGAAGAGAACGUUUCGGACGAAUCUCGGAAACAAGAUCAAAGAGAAGCGAACGCAGAAGAAUCAGAGAGUACCAAAACUGAAAAGAAAGAACAGGGAAAACAGACGAGAAAGGAACAGGGCGAAAUGAAGAAUUUUGAGAAGGUUUCCAGAAGGAAGAAAAGAAAAAAGAGGGAAGGAAAUAUUGAGGGACAAAGCUCAACAGAAUCAGGUUCUCCGAACGAGCCAAUAAGGAAUCGAUAUCUGAGAGCAAUAAAUCGCGAUGCCUAA